AUGUUUCGGGAAUGUUAUAGGCGGCGUUAUUUAUCAAAAUGCAUUGAUUUUAAUCGGGAACUUUUUUGCUUCUCUAUAAGGACCACGUGGCCGUGGCAGGUGUCGGUCUGGCUUCAGUCUCAAGAACAAGAUGACAGUCCUCUUUGUAGUGGGACUCUGAUCAGCCCCUGCUGGGCCCUGACGUCCGCAUAUUGUGUCAGCAGGUUUGGCAGCGACCCAUCCAGGUACAUGGUGCGUGUCGGGGCUUCAGAGCAGACUCUGACCCCAGAGCAGGUUGUGGUUCACAGGAAGUUCAAGGGUCAGAGUGGAGGUCACGAUCUGGCUUUGCUGAAGCUACCCAGCACCAAGGGUCACUGCCUGACCUUUGACCCAAACACCAACGCAGCAUGCCUUCCUACUGCAGACACGUCAUCUGGGGGGAAUACGCCAUCCUCUUGUGUUGUCAUGGUUACUACAGGCUGGACAGGGCCAGACUCGGUCCUUGCAUCCUGGGUCCCUCUGAUGUCGUCAUGGCAAUGUAAGAAGCGCUACGGCGACAGCUUCUCCAGCCACGGCACCCUGUGCGCCGGCAGUCCUCCAGACACCAGCCUCCUCCAUGGCGACAGUUGUCAGGGCAACUCUGGAGGCGGGCUCGUGUGUCAGGGGGAGCAGGGUCGAUGGGUCAUAACCGGGGUCGUUGCCGGGGGUUACGGCUGCGCUGACCCCUCCUCUCCAGCGCUCUACACUCGUGUCAGCCGCUUCAAGAGCUGGAUUGAGGAGGUCAUCAACACGCAAGCACACACACAAGAAGAUCUGACACACGUUGACAAUGACCUAACACACACGCACGAGGAGCCCACAAACGGCAAGAGCGAGUACUUCCACGUGCACGCGCAGCACACACACAAUCAGCAGGAAACAAAUGAAAUCAACGAUGUUAAACACACACACGCCCAUCACUCACACACCACUCAGCACGGUAACACACACACUAAAAACACACAUACCCACCGUGUAGGGGAUGACGACACAAACACACAAAUCCAGGUCUGAUCAAGGCCGCGCCAUUGGCUUACCAUCUGUGCCAUGUGACCGCCUGAGGAGGAGGAAGGAGAGUUAAAGGAAGACGAAAGUUAAAGACAAGAGAGAUGCUCCUAACUUAGGUCUGUACAAACGGCCGUCUCUGUGCUCAUUUCAAAUCUGAACUCAGUGUUGUGUUUGCGGUUGCUAAUCGUCGGACGAGUACGGCGCUGUGGGCCGACCUCCCCGAGCUGCCGGGAGUGUGUGGGUGAUUUGUGGUGCUUUACGUGUCAGUUACAGCCUGUUGAGGGGCAGGGCGAUGACCGGUGGGGAUCGGCAGCGUUUAGGUUGAGCCCGGCAUGCUGAUCGGGGCCUUUUCACUGAAACUGAAAAUCAAAAAAAUCAGCAUGGCAUGUAUUUUAAGGACAAUAGUGUUUAAAAUAUUCUGGGGAUAUUUCUGAGACGGUCACACAAGAAUCUAUGCUAAAAUUCACCUAUUAAUGUGCGUCCUCUGUGUGUUUAGUGACAGAAACGAACAAACUAACUACCAGAACAUGUAGAAUAAAGGCUGACUGUAUCUCAUAUUCGUCCCUGUAAUAUUAUCUAAGAUUAAACCCAAAACUCCUGCAUCAGAUGUGGGCGCUUUUUCCUACAGGGCUCGUCUCUUCAGGCUGUUGUCUUAUACCUUUACUGGUCAAAGUGCUGUUUAGACCCAUGACUAAGCUAUUAAACUCAGACCGUACCAGUGAUUUUUCAUGUUUUACUGUAUUUAUUCCAAUAAUGUACGUUUAAUACUGCUCACCAUCUUAAAUCCCAAAGUCGAUUCAAAUAGUUAAACUUUGGUACCUGCAACUUUAAAGCAUCUCACUCAGUCUGAAUGUGAUGGGUACCAUUUUCUAAUUUGGCAAAAAAAAAAUUGAAGUGUUUUUCAAUGGUUAUUAAAUUGAAUAGAUCAGUUAGGAGCGUUUAAUAACUUUUGUGUUGCCAGAUUUAUAAUCACAGAUGAUUUACUCACUUUAAUGAGCUGUUGGUAUAUAGGUUUACACCUGAGAAAAUUGGCCAGAUUUCUUUAAAAGGUACGAGAGAAAGAAGGCAAUGAGCAA